AACAUAUAGGUGUUAACGUGUUGUUUAAGUGAAUAAAGAUUGCAUUAAAUACAUUUUUUUAUAAACUUUUUAAUAUUGUGUUUAAAUUAGUGUAUUAUAUAAAUCUAUAAAGAUGGUAAAUUCUUGUUCUGCAUACGGAUGUACAAAUAGACAAUCAACAGGAAGUGGUUUACAAUUUCAAUUUUUAGAUUCAGGUUUGUGGUAAUAUUAUAAUAUAUGUAUAAAUGUUCCAGAUUUCCAUUAAAUAAGCCUGGAGUUUUAAAAAAAUGGAUAAAGGAAGUACGCAGGAAAAAUUUUAAGCCAACAGAUUAUCAAAUACGACCAGGUGCCAGCAAGGGAUGGCUAAAAGAAGAUGCAUUUCCUUCAGUGUUUAAAGGAUUUCCAAAUCACCUUCAAAAACCUCCUCCAUCCAAAAGACGUUUAUUGUCUAGAGUAAUUGAGAAAGAGAAAAAGGCUGAUGAUAUUGAGAACAUGCCAAGUACAAGUACUACACCCGACUUAUCUGAGAUAUCUGAACAGAAUGCAAUGCAAUGUGAUGUGGGUAUUCAGUGUAUUAUUCAGUCACCAACUAAGAUAAAAUUGAGACGAAAAAUUAAUGAAUUCGGAACACCAUCGCAUGAAUAUACUUUGUUCCAUUUAAUAGCCCAACAUUUUAUAAACAUAAGAGCUAAUCAUUAUGGAAAACAAUUUAAUUUACAAAAUGUUCUAAAGAAUAAUUCUUCUGUUCGCCAAAAACUAACUAAAUUAAUAUUAUUUAAUAAUGUAUAAUUUAAAUAUAUCUAUGUUA